AUGGAGCUGCCGGCGCAAGACGAGCAGAAUACCAUCACGCGCCUCACGCGCCCGUCCCGCAAGGCAGCGAAGAAGGCCCGGAAGACCGCGGUCAAGAAGAAGGCGCGGACGGAGGAGAUCAUGGUUUCCGAGGACUCCGCCGACGACGACGAGGCCGCCGACGCGGCCGGCGACGGCGGCGGCGACGCGCGCGACGGCGCCGGCGACGCGGACGCCGUCUCGGGCCUCCGGGACGCGCUCCGCGAGAGCGCGUCGGGUGGCUUCUACUCGACGGUGCAGUACAACCUCGUGCGCGAGGCCCAGGCGGGGACGCGGUCGCUGUCGCCCGGGCUCGUCGCGCAGGCGCUCGUGGCCAUGGCCCUGCUGCUCCUGUCGAUCGUCGCGCUGGGGGCGGUCUGGUUCGCGCAGAGCGCGGACUUCUCGUGGUACAACUACCUCGAGGACGACGAGUACAUGGCCUACCUCUACCCGCAGGGGCCGCCCCAGCCGUCGCGGACCGACGCCCUCAACCCCAACGGGCGGAUCCUCUACUUUGGGGUCCCCGUCUUCGUCUUCAUCACGCUCGUCGCGACCGCGGUGAGCAUCACCUUCGAACUCGAGGGCGCCAUCGAGAGCCUGAUCAUCAGCGCGGGCCUGCUCUCGAGCACCUUCGUCGACGGCGGGCGCGUGACGCUGCCGCGGACUUUCGCGGCCUGGACCUACGUCGCCUUGGCGUUCCUCGUGCAGCAGCUCCGCCUGCUAUUGGCCCUCGUCAUGGUCGAGCAGACGAUCCAGAUCGUCGGCACGUCCGACGGCCCGCUGAACAUCCUGCUGAACGCGACGGCGCUCAUGUUCCUCCUCGGCCUCGACAGCGGCUUCGGCAUCGGCGCGACGCGCUCCGCCGUGCCGGAAACAACCGGUGGAACGCCCCGUCCAGCAAAAACUCUCGAGCUCGGUCACAUCGAAGUCGAUUCGGCUGAUUUUUGGACGGAUCGUUUUCUCUCGGCGAGUUCUUUCUAG